UUGGGUUUGUUGUCCCAGCCGGAUAUAACGCAAAAACUGACGGAGCGCAUAGAUGAUCUGAAGCAGAGAAUCGCUGCUUGGGGAAAGCGGAUUCGGCGAUAUACCGAGAGGUCGACACGGUUCAACCAGAAUCGUCUCUUCCAGAGUGAUCAGAAGAGGCUCUAUGAAUCAUUGGAGCGACCAAUGGUAAGUGGAACGGGCCCAGCAUCGAAUCAGGCCGACACUGUAGCAUUCUGGUGCGGCCUGUGGUCAGAGCCAGUAAACCACAGCGAGGGCCCUUGGACGGAAGUCGUGGCGAGUCAGUGUGCGAGAAUAACGCCCAUGGACCCCGUCAUUAUAACACCGGAUGACGUAGCUGAGGCGGUCCGUAGGGCCCGAACUGGAAAAGUCCGUGACUCGACGGGCUGCAUCACUACUGGCUGGAGGGGUUUGUGGUGUGGCACACUGUGCUCGCCCGACAGUUUCAAGAGGCUCUCAACCAGAAGUCGCUCCCGAGCCUCUUUACUACUGGGAUCACCCAUUUGGUUCCUAAAGACCCGGGUACCACAGACCCGAGCAAAUACCGCCCCAUCACGUGUCUACCGACCAUUUACAAGAUACUAA